UAGGCCCCUUGAUGCAAGAAAAGCUAUGCUUUUUCAAUUGUUUACAAUCUUUGUUGGAUCAUUGGUGGAAAUGAUGCAAUCACACAAAUGCUACACUCUUACAUGCACCAUGUCAUCUACGCCUCAACCUUCUAAUCCUAUCAUAACCAUAUAUCACAUGCUAUAAAUAACAAGUUAACUUUCCCUAUACCAAAUCACUUACAAGAAUGGCUGCAGUGUUCUGGGUAUUGGCUUUAGCUAGCCUCAGCUACCCGCUAGCCACAAUCAAUGCCCAAGCACCAGCAGGUACACCCUCCAAUUGGCAACCUUCAACCCUUUCAGCACCCUCCAAUUUACCAACCACAACCCCAAAUGCACCUUCUACUUUGCCAACCACAACCCCAAAUGCACCUUCUACAUUGCCAACAACAAACCCAGUUGCACCCUCUACAUUGCCAAUCACAAACCCAGUUGCACCCUCUACAUUGCCAACCACAACUCCAACUGCACCCUCAACAUUGCCAAGAGCAACUUCCCCCUCUUCUAGUACACCAUCAGUAGCCAAACAACCACCUGUUGUGGCUGCAACUCCUUCCACCUCAAAGAAUCCACCAGUAACAUCAACUUCUCCCACUUCUACUCCAACAACCACAGCUGCACCCUCCAAAUUGCCAACUGCAGCUUCCCCCACUUCUGCCACAGCAACCCCUUUUCCUUCAGUAGCAACCUCUCCCACUUCUAGCAAAACACCAAUUACCAUUCAGACUCCUGUGAAAUCACCACUUCCAAAAGCUACAUCUCCAACAUCUGCUCCUGUGAAAUUACCAGUGCCCAAAGUUACAACUCCAACUUCUGCUCCUGUGAAAUUACCUGAUCCCAAGCCUUUACCACCAUCAUCUGCUCCAGUUAAAUUACCAGUCCCCAAGGCUUUACCACCAACCUCCACUCCACUGAAACCACCAGUUCCCAAAACUACCCCUCCAAAAAUUGCUCCUGUGAAGCCACCUGUUCCCAAAACUUUACCUCCAAAAAUUGCUCCUGUGAAGCCACCUGUUCCCAAAACUUUACCUCCAAAAAUUGCUCCUGUGAAGCCACCUGUCCCCAAGGUUACACCAGCAUUAAGUCCAAAACCCCCAUCCCCCAAAAUCCCACCACCACAACCACCCAAAAACGCUCCUAUUCCACCCCCUCCUCUGCCAUUACCACCAGCUGAGGCACCACCAUUGCCUACUCCAACACCAUCCAAAGCACCAACACCAGCACCUGUACACAAAAAGAAAGCACCAAAAUCAUCACCUGCUCCUUCACCACUUAGUAGCACACCAACACCAGCACCAACGCCAGCGAUUGAAACACCAACACCAGCUCCAGCACCUGAAGAUGACACGCCACCACCCCCUCCCCACAGGCACAGGAGAAGAAGACACAAGCACAAGCACGAGAAACACCACGCACUUUCUCUGGCUCCAGCACCAACUAUUACCCGGAGAAGUCCCCCAGCACCACUUGCUGGCGAUAUUGCUACAACCGAUUCAGAAGAGACACAAUCACCAGCACCAAGUCCCAAUGCGAAUGCUGCACAAUCAUACUAUAGGCAAGGGAAUAUGUGGCCAACUAUUGGACUCACUGCCAUUUUGUUAUCUGUUAUCGCUUGACACGUGCAACAUGAUUCACUCUAAGCAGUGGUUUGGUUUGCAAAACAUAUCAAAUCAGUUAAAUGUAUGAAACUGAUCAAUAACGAAAAGUUAUACACAUAUUUUUAUUUUUUUUUAUUUCCUUCUUUCUUUGUAUUGUGAUCUUUGCUCAAAAAUAUUAAUGAUACGAGUUUUUGAAUUGUUGAAACUA